AUGGCGCUCAAUCUUGAGAAGCAGCUGCUCUUCGUGAGUUUCCUCGUUCCUCGUUCCGACCCCCAAGGGUCCUGGCUGACAUCCUAUCCGCAGUAUGGAGCUUACCACAACAAUCCUGUGAACGUCGCGAUUCACAUUAUUUGUGUCCCAAUCCUGCUCUUCACCGGCAUACUCUUGGCAUGUAACUGCCCACCCCUCCUGCCCACCCCCGACGCCCUCCGCUUCGAAUACCUCCCCGCCAACGCAGGCACGAUCGGUGCAUUCAUCUACGCGAUCUUCUACGUCCUCCUGGAGCCGGUCGCGGGUGGUCUGGUCGCGCCCUUGGUGAUCGGCUCCGCGGCCGCUGGCAAUUAUCUCCUCGGAACGCACGGCAUGGUCGUGAACUACUGGGCUGGUGGAAUCCACGUCGUCUCGUGGUUGGCGCAGUUUGUUGGGCAUGGAAAGUUCGAGGGCCGCGCGCCGGCGCUGCUGGAUAAUCUUGUGCAGGCGGUGCUGCUUGCGCCGCUCUUUGUAUGGAUGGAGAUUCUUUUCUUCUUUGGGUAUCGGCCUGAGCUGAAGGAGCGGUUUGAUAAGAGUGUUGAGAAGGAGGUUGCGAAGUUUCGCAGGGAGAAGGAGGCGAAGAAGAGUGGUGGUGGU